AGCUGAACGGUACAGGGAUUUCUGCUUUCUGUUCGCUCUUUGGAAGAUCACCUUGCUUACCCAUUUAAUUAUUUUUAGUUUAAAAACACAAAUCUUGAUAGCCAAUUAUGUUAAGUGACAACAGCAGAUGAAAGAAGCCUACAAACUGGCUGCAACACGUCAUGACACAGAAUUCUGCUGCUCGAGACAGGGGGCGGGGACUAUCUUCACUUUUCCGGUCACGUUGCCAAUGUCACGUGACCCUGUAAUAGAGGCGGAAGUGAAAGUAAACUGAGAACACGGAGCCUGGCUGAGAGAGCUGUAAUGAUCUGUAAUGGCAGCUGCCAGUUCGAGUAGAACUGGGAUUGGCCCAACCUCAGAAAAAUCACAGUUGACCUUAAAAGUUUUAUCAGCAAAGCCCCAGUCCCCCAAAGCACCCAGCAGAAACUCCCGAAUAAACUCCUUUGUGGAAGUCACCCCAGACGGACUAUCAAGUGAGUCCAAAAAGACGGGAAAACGUAGCGGGAAUCCUGAGCUCCAUUGGAAUGAAAAUCUCACUUUGAAUGUUACCCCCCAGAGCCGUCUGGACCUGAAGCUGUGGAGCUGUCACACUCUGAGAAACGAGCUCCUGGGGAGUGCCUCCAUUGACAUCUAUCACACUUUAAAGAGCAACAAUGGCAAAAUGGAGAAUAUUCAGCUGAACCUGAACCUACAGACGGAGAACAAAGGCAGCCUUGUGUCAGGCGGAGAGCUGACCGUGUGCCUGGAUGGACUGGCUGUUGAUCUAGGAAGUUUGCCUAAUGGCAGCGCAGUGACAGACAAAUCGCAGCAGGAUGAAAAAGACAAUGCCGACACAAUCCAGAGUGAUGAUGAGUCUCAAAACCUGCUCCCUGCCACCAGCACCCCUGGAGCCAGAGAAAGAACACGCAGACACUUACCAGAAACUUCACGAAGCAGGUCAGCGGUUAAUGGAGACGGUACUGUGAACAGCGAACAAAGUCCCAGUACCAGGAACAGACACCGACAGACAGCCAAGAGCCUCUCUGACCACCCCAGCAGUAGUGUUUCAGUGAAUGGGGAGGUUGCUGUCAAUGGCACUGAAAGUGGAAGAGGCAGCCCAGUGUGUCCACCUCCUCCAUCACCCUCUGUGUCUCUCUCAACAUCUCUGUCCGCCAGCCCUCCCCCCAGCACUGGAACCCCCAGCCCAGCCAGCACAGAGAUAGGGGAGCCUCUCCACACAGCCACCACCGAACAGCCUGCUGCAGCAAACCAGAACCUUGAAGCCCUGCCAACUGGGUGGGAACAGAGGGUUCUUCCCAAUGGAAGAGUAUACUAUGUUGAUCACAACACAAAGACCACCACCUGGGAAAGACCUCUGCCGCCUGGGUGGGAGAAGCGGGUGGAUCAGCGUGGCAGGUAUUACUAUGUGGACCACAACACCAGGACUACCACAUGGCAGAGACCCACGGCUGAGACAGUACGCAACUACGAGCAGUGGCAGUCCCAGCGAAACCAGCUGCAGGGAGCCAUGCAGCAGUUCAGCCAAAGAUUCCUCUACCAGUCCUCUGGUGUCACAACCGACAAUGAUCCACUCGGCCCCCAACCUCCAGGCUGGGAAAAACGUCAAGAUAAUGGACGGGUGUACUUUGUUAACCACAAUACGCGCACCACACAGUGGGAGGAUCCCAGAACCCAAGGGAUGAUUCAGGAGCCACCCCUCCCCCCGGGCUGGGAGAUGAAAUACACCAACGAAGGGGUUCGCUAUUUUGUCGACCACAACACUCGCACCACCAGCUUUAAAGAUCCACGACCUGGAUUUGAUUCAGGUUCAAAACAAGGUGGGUCCCCAGGACUGUAUGAUCGGAGUUUCAGGUGGAAGUAUCACCAGUUCCGGUUUCUGUGUCAUUCUAAUGCACUCCCAAGCCAUGUGAAAAUCAGCGUCUCCAGGCAGACUUUAUUUGAAGAUUCCUUCCAGCAGAUCAUGAAUAUGAAAGCAUAUGACCUGCGUCGCAGGUUGUAUAUAAUAAUGCGUGGAGAAGAGGGGCUGGAUUAUGGAGGCAUUGCAAGAGAAUGGUUCUUCCUGCUGUCCCAUGAGGUAUUGAACCCCAUGUAUUGUCUGUUCGAAUAUGCAGGGAAGAAUAACUACUGUCUGCAGAUCAAUCCUGCCUCCUCCAUCAACCCUGACCACUUGUCCUACUUCCGCUUCAUAGGCAGAUUCAUAGCCAUGGCUCUGUAUCAUGGUAAAUUCAUCGACACAGGUUUUACUCUUCCGUUCUACAAACGCAUGCUGAAUAAAAAACCAACUCUGAAGGACCUGGAGUCAAUUGACCCAGAGUUCUACAAUUCCAUUAUGUGGGUCAAAGAGAAUGAUCUGGAGGAGUGCGGGGUAGAGCUGUUCUUUGCUCAGGACAUGGAGAUACUGGGAAAGGUGACAACACACGAACUGAUAACAGAUGGGGAGAACAUGCUGGUGACGGCAGAGAACAAGGAAGAAUACAUCAGACUGCUCACAGACUGGAGGUUCACUCGAGGUGUGGAGGAGCAGACCAAGGAUUUCCUGGACGGGUUCAACGAGGUUGUCCCUCUCGAGUGGCUCAGAUACUUUGAUGAAAAGGAGAUAGAGUUGAUGCUCUGUGGGAUGCAGGAGAUAGAUCUGAGUGACUGGCAGAAAAACACCAUCUACCGCCACUACACCAAAAACAGCAAGCAGAUUCAGUGGUUCUGGCAGGUGGUAAAGGAAAUGGAUAACGAGAAGAGAAUCCGCUUGCUGCAGUUUGUAACAGGAACCUGCCGUCUGCCUGUUGGCGGCUUUACAGAAUUGAUAGGGAGUAAUGGACACCAAAAAUUCUGUAUUGACAAGGUGGGGAAAGAGACCUGGUUACCUAGAAGUCAUACUUGUUUUAAUCGACUGGACCUGCCUCCCUACAAAAGCUUCGAACAGCUGAAGGAGAAACUGCUUUUUGCAAUCGAGGAAACAGAAGGGUUUGGCCAGGAGUGAAGCACCUCUGAUAGAGUUUAGAAACACAGCAAGAUAUGCAGAGUGGAAUAUUGGUGGUGGUGGAGGGGGGUUCUUAAUUCCUUUUAGAAGUUAAAGCAAAGAACCAUGUGGUGUGGCAUUGGAAUGACACAAUAUACCCAAACAUAUAUCUUAUAUGGGCUUCUCUAAUCACAUGUUCCUGAUGGCAAUAUUGUUGAACAAGUGGCAUUCCCAAAACUUAACUCUCUGUUAUAAGUUCUGAAUAAAACCAAAGAAACAUUGUUGAAAAGUUUGUGAGCUGGACUUAAAAGGUCAUUUUAGUUGUAUUCAUAAGAACAUAAGCAAAUGUACAAACAAGUUGGGUCUUAAAGUAUCCAAGUGAUUCUGCCUCAACAACAUGACUAUGUAACCUGUUUCAUACCCUCACCACUCUCUGUGUGAAGAAGAGACCUAAACAUUCAAUCCUCACUAUCCAUGUUUUCCAUUUAGCAGCCUUUGUGUCAGAAGUCAAAUUCUUCUAAUGUCAGUGUAGUAAGGCACCAUACUGAUGUAGUCCUAUUUGUUCACAUUUUAAAGUAAUUUACAAUUAUUUAUAUGAAUAUUAUUAUAUUUAAUACAUUGUUUAAUAGGCCUCCACCCCGCUAUACAAAAGUGAUUGCUUGCGGCUACAAAACUUUGUCAAUGAGCAGAACCAGUGCAUCCGAUAAAGUCACCUAACCACGAAACAACUCCCACAUUUGAUUCAGUGGUUUGUAAGUUGUUUUAGAGUAGUAAUUAAUGUUUAUUCCUGUCAGAAGAUGAUAAUUCAGAGUCAAAAGCUUUGAGAAUCUGGCCCAUUUGUUAUGUUUUCUGAGCGUCCUCAUUUCUGCUGGAGAAAAUCUAACGAGAUUCAUGUGUUGUUGAAAUAUGUCUUGCCGCUGCACAGCAAGAGAGAAUAAAUAAGCACUUUAAGUAUUUGCCGGCGCUUCUCCCUGGUGUUUUCAUUUUUAAUUUGGAUCAGUUCUAUUCAGUGAGUACUGAAUGUCUGAAUCACAGCAGUGUCUAGGAAUUAUUUUGAUUAUGAUAUUCUUUAUUAUGUUAGCCCAGUAUCAUCCUUAUUACUGGGUGUGCUUGCCAGUGGUGCUAUUGUGGACAAUGUUGAAGUUAAAUCAUAAUUAGUUGUGACCUUUUCCAAUAGGAAACCUAUUGUAUUCAAUAUAGGAUGAUUCCACCAAAGUAAGCCAAGUCUAAAACUUUUCUUGUACUGCCAACACCAAACUCUGUAUUGCAGUAAUUGAUAAUGAUGUAAAUGGCAAAAUCAAAUGAUUUCUGUAAUGAAUAGGGUAAUGUUGGGAGGGUUCUUUGUCCUGUCAGCUCUUGGGAAUAGUAGACUCAAAAAAUAAGAGUAAACUCAACAAAUAAGAUAUACCACUGAAAACUAUUUAUACGUGCUGUGUCUCAACAAUGGUCCACAUUUCAUGUAUUUUCUUUUUUUUUUUUUUUGUUAUAAGCCAAGUUAUAAAAUCACCAUCACCAAUGCUAACUGCGGAGUUCAUUUUUACAGAGCCUUUAUCAAAGUAUUGGUCCUUUGCCAAUACGGACUGUUUUUACCUUAUUUGCUGUUGAGUGUUGAGUGUAGGCUACUGGGUUACAGCCAGCACUGUUUGAAUUAUUUUCCUGCUUUUAUCUUGUUAUGUUUUAGUUGGCAAGGGAAGAAAUCUGAUGGCCUUUUAACAGUUACCUACUCAGGCAAUUGGGAUAUCCACCAGAUUUAGUACAUUAUUUACAUUGUUUAACUUUAAAGACAUUGAAAUAUUUCUCCACAGCGGUGUUUAAUAGAAUUAUAGAAACGGAAUAUCCCUGUGUUCAUUGUGACCCAAUCAGAGAAUCUACUCAAAAACCAGCUGUCCCAUAUCUUCAUCUGGUACCACUCUUUUGUUUUAAAUAAAUAAAUAAAUAAAUAUAUAAAUACUCUUUUUAUGGAAAAUGACAUAACUGAGCUGCUAACAAGUACGUUAUACCCAUCUUCCUCCUUUUAGUAUUUUUAACAUGUUUCGUCAGACCUAGAAAGCAGUUAAAUAUAUGAAUUUGCUGCCUACAAAUAUUAAAAUAGCUGGAAUGACCUUUUGAAGGAUUUGUAGUGCACCGCCUAAUACAGUUGCACUUUUUUUUAGGGUACUAAUUGUAUUUAAUUAAACAUCAUGUGACACAAAACACAACUUAUAGCUGCUGCGGUUUGGAGACAAUAUGUUAGUCAAUUACUGAACGCCACCCCACCCUAUACUUUACAGAAUUGCUCACUGGAAGUGAAAUGAGCUCCCCAGUGAUGUCACUGCAGAGCCACCCUUCCUGAUUAGACUGCUGAUUGGGGGUGGGGGGGGUGAAUUGGUUUGUUGUUCAAACCAAUUUACAAUUUCGAGAAACUUCUUUCAUAGCUGCAUGUUUGCAAUGUGGUAGAAUGCUAUUAAGGACCAGCUUACCGCCUGCUCAUUUCCUGGGCAGUACCCAAUAAAAAUAUCUUCCAGACAUGGUAACUUAUUAGGUCCUAGUGCAGCCUAUAUACUGCAAAGUUAGGAGGAGCCUAAAAGCUAAAUCUCCAACAGGAGACAGUGUCUCUACGCAUACUGCCUUCGUGGACACUUUGCUGACAGUAACUCUUAAUGACAGUAGAUGAUGAAUCAGCCUGCAAAGACAGCUUUUGACAGCCGUUUCCUGGUAUUUUGUCUGUCAUGCCAUUUCUAAGGUAAAAAGGCUGGUUUAAUAUAGUCAAUUAGUUUAAUGUAGACUGGCAGGUUAAAAGAGAGAUUCCUCCUUAAUUUUAAAUGUGACUUGUUAUACUUAAAUGAUGGACUUGCAUAACCACUGAGAAACAUUUGAUGUAGAGCCAGUUCAGCUUCCUUCAUUCUCAAUUCCUGCACAUCACAGAAUCCUUUCAAUAUUGCAGACUACAGCCCAGAUAUCACUGCACUCAAUUAAACAUGUUCUGUAUGCAUAAAGCAGAGUGUAUUGUUGGACUGCUUACCAGCUUAUUUUCAUAAACCGUUGGUUGAUCAAUUUAAACUUUUUUUUUUUUUUGUAAAGAAACAAAAGAAGUGUGAUGUCACUUGGCUAAUGUUUAGUGGCUGCUGCCUUGGAUACUGAAAUUUGGCAAAACAGAAUCAUAUUUAAGUACUGCUUUUCAGUAGACAUCGGUCACAUUUGAAAAUCUCUGCUUUAUGCAACAACUUUCCCAAAGAGUUGAUUUUAAGUAAAGUGAAGUGACCAUGCUGAAGCUAUUACAUAAGUCCCAUUUCUUCCUGUUAAGAAUAUAAUUCAAUUAUUCUGAAUUGAUGGUAGAAAAUUGUUGCCUUGUGUUAGUAGUCGACUGUGGUUAAUUGAGUAUAAUAUCUAAUAGAAAGUGGUUGUUGGCAGGAUAAACAGUUUAACAUAUUUAAAUACAGACCUGUUCAGAUUCAGAGAGACAGGAAGGUUUCUUAUUGUUUUCAGCUCUUUUUUAGAGGGUGUGUGUAUCUUAGCUUUCAGAGUUUAAGUCCAACCUCCUUCAUUUUUUUUUUAACUUGUUUAAUGUGCAAGACAAAUGAUUUCUUUUGAAUGCAGAGGUCAAGCGCAAAUGCAACAUCAACAACUAUACAAAAUGUAAUAGUUGAAAUAAGAGUAUUUAUACCAGCAAUUAUGACUUGGCCACAGGUUUAGUCCAGGUCUUAUUAUUAUUAUUAUUAUUUGAUUAUUUAGCAUAUACCUUUAUCCAAGUCGACUUACAUUGACUAGUGUGUGUGAACUAUGCAUCAGCUGCAGAAUCACUUACAACAUCAAAGUCACACCUUAAAGACGGAGCACAAGGAGGUUAAGUGACUUGCUCAGGGUCACACAGUGAGUCAGUGGCUGAGGUGGGAUUUGAACUGGGGACCUCCUGGUUACAAGCCCUUUUCUUUAACAAGCAGGGGCCUUUAAUUGGGCAAGCCAAAUGACAACUAGCUAAUUUAUAUAGAAACUAAUUUAGAUAAGCUUGGUUAGAUUGAAAAAUUACUAUGAAAUUCAUAUUUCAUGGUUUCUUGCAUGAAUAACAUUGAAUCUGAAGAACUAAAUACCCCUCUUUAAUGUUGGCAAAGUGAUUAAAUAUUGGCCAAAUUGCCAGUAUUCAGAUAAAUGUAACCCAGACUUUGCUGCAAGAAACUGGUUUCAGGUACUGAAAAUGAGCUCCAGCUUUUGCCAUUAAGUGAGAAAGAAAUUAAAAUAUAUAUAUAUAUAUAUAUAUAUAUAUAUAUAUAUAUAUAUAUAUAUAUAUAUAUAUAUAUAUAUAUAUAUAAAACUUGCCUUACCUUUGGUUAAAUUUAUGUUUCCUUGGUUAGGAUACCAUACAGUGCUUGGUUAAUACAUUAAAAAUGCAGAUACUCUCAGUGUACAGAUUAUGUAUGUAGUGUUGCCCCUAAUUGUAAAAGAACCAAAUAUAUAAGAUAUACUUUGGGUGUUAAAUAUAAUUGCAAAUAUAUGUAUGUUAUUCUGGUAGCAAGGAAUACACUAAGGUUUCUUAGGUGGGGAAAGUAUAGGAAUGAAAUGGGAACAAUGAGACAUACAGUUUAGUACAUAUAACCCCUAAAUAAAAGAAGUGUGAAUAUGUCAGAUAAAAAUAAAUGAUUUGCUUCUUUUAAAUGCUAAAAUAUAUUAACUUUUAAAUGUACAGUUGAAAAGCUUUUGUGACGAGACUUUUUUAUGUUGUGAACUGCAGUGUUAUGAUUAAAAAAAAAGAUAUUUAGAAAAUUGCUGUUAUGGCUUCAAUUAAGUUUGAAAUGAAAACAGGAUGUGUACAAUAAUACAAUGACCAACAGCUCUUAUAUGCCACCAACCUGUGUAUGUAUAGUAAAACGAAUCUUCAUUGUGCAAUAAUAAAAUAGUUAUUACAAAUGUG